AUGGAGGCGAUAAAGAAGAAGAUUGCGGCGCUGAAGAUGGAGAUGGACGCCGCGAAUGAAAAGGUCGAGACGAACGAGACAAAGGCUAAAUUGGAGAAUCUUCGGGCGGACAAGCUGAACGACGACCUGAGAGAUCUGGAGAAGAAACUGGCCCAGCUCGAGCGGGAUUACGAGGUUGCCAAGACCAAUUUGGAGCAGUCCACCGCCGAUUUGGAGCAAUGCGAGAAAUCUUGGUCCAGGGCGGAGCAAGAUCGUACCACUUUGACGAAACGAGUGCAGGAAAUCGAAGCGUCACUUACGAAAAAGGAAGAAUUACGUCUCUCUGCUCAGUUGAAGCUCGGACGUGCGACAGAACUCGCUGACGAUGCGCAAAGAAUGUGCAAAGUGUUGGAGGACAGAAGUCGACUCGACGAGGAACGCAUGGAGAAAUUGAUGCACGAGCUGAAGGACGCCAGACUGAUCGCCGAGGACGCGGACGCAAAGUCCGACGAGAUCUCGAGGAAACUGGCCUUCGUCGAGGAGGAAUUGGAGGCGGCCGAGGAGCGUGUGAAAACCAGCGAGGCAAAAAUCAUCGAACGAGAGGACGAGCUUUUCAUCGUGCAGAAUAUCGUCAAGUCUUUAGAAGUAUCCGAGGAGAAGGCUAACCAACGAGUAGAGGACUUCAAGGUACAACUGAAGGAGCAGAAGAAGAAGUUGAGGGAAGCCGAGAAGCGUGCUGUUCUCGCCGAGAGAACGGUGAAGAAUCUGUUGAAGGAGGUGGACAUGAAAGAAGACGAGCUCAGAGAAGAAAAGGAGAAGUACAAGGCGGUCUGCGACGACAUGGACGCCACGUUCGCGGAAAUGACCGGAUAUUAAAGUCCCGGAACGGGACGGAGUUUCAUUUAUUUUGUUAUAUUCUGUGCUCCUUUCGCUUGUUUGCUACACUUAACAU